AUCUGAUCAUCGGCACCUCCCUGCCCGCCACGAUGGGCUGCAAGCGCCACGCUACCUCGUUGUGUUGAUAUCGAGAUAUUUCAAUCAUCAAAUAUGAAUCAUGCGUUUGAUAUUUCUGGACACUUUGCUCGCCAGCAUCCUCGCGCUCUGGCUUCACGCAUCACCGGCGUCAUCCGCUUCUCACAGUGCAGAGGACAAGGUUGAGAGGGACGCAGUGCCGGUGAAGCAACAGGCGACUGCAGCACCCGUUUCGGAAAACACAGCCCACCAUGCAGCUGCCGAGCAGGUGAUCGCCUACCCAUCUCGCCUCAUCUACUACCUAAACGAGGACUCUGAGAGUGCCUACCAUGAUCUGGACACGCGGGCCAGGAGCCAAACCACAGACGGUCAGGCGAUCCACCUUGCUCAGGUCAGCUUCCAACUAGAAGCUUUCAGCACCCGAUUUGUUCUGGAUCUCACCCUGAACAAUGACCUGCUGUCUUCAGAUUAUGUCGAGAUCCAUUACGAGGGGGAUAAGCCUGUUCUAUCAAAGGGCGGUGAGCACUGUUACUACCACGGGCAGGUGAGAGGCAACGGUGGCUCCCGUGUGGCCUUAUCUACCUGCAACGGGCUGCACGGGAUGUUUGACGAUGGAGCCCAUGUGUAUGUAAUUCAGCCUCUACAACAGACUCAUUCAAUCGACACAGCUGGCAGGCCUCACCAGCUCCGAAGAACUGCCUCGUUUCAGUGGAAAAAUGAGUCACAGCAACUGGCGGAGGAGGAGGAGGAGAAGCUCUUCUCGGAGCUGGAUGAACUCUCCUGGCUGAUGCGCCGGAAAAAGCGAGCCAUAAGUGUUUUUGAGGAGAUGAAAUACUUGGAGAUCAUGAUUGUCAGUGACCACAGUAUGAACAAACGACAAAAAACCAAGCAGCACACGCGGAAUUUUGCCAAGUCUGUGGUCAAUCUGGUGGAUGCUGUCUUCAAAGAGCAGCUGCGAACUCGUGUGGUGCUGGUUGCUUUGGAGAUCUGGACAGAGAAAGAUCAGAUUCCGGUCAGCGUGAGGCCGUUGGAAAUGCUGCGGGAUUUUUCCAAGUACCGCCAGCAGAGCAUCAAGCACCACGCGGACGCAGUGCACCUCUUCUCAAAUGUGACCUUUCACUACCGCAGAAGUAGCGCAGCCUACUUCGGAGGCAUGUGCUCUGUGAGCCGGGGGGUUGGCAUCAAUGAGUACGGCAGCACCUGGUCCAUGGCGGGCUCUUUAGCCCAGAGCCUGGCUCAGAAUCUGGGCAUCCAGUGGGACCCCGCAUCCAAGAGAAAGGAGUGCGGUUGCACUGACUCGUGGGCCGGCUGCAUCAUGGAGGACACUGGUGUCCAACACCCACGGAGAUUCUCCAAAUGCAGCAUCUCAGACUACAAGGACUUCCUGUUGAAAGGUGGAGGCUCGUGUCUGUUUAAUAGGCCCACAAAGUUGUUGGAGCCCACCGAGUGCGGGAAUGGAUUUGUGGAAGUGGGAGAGGAGUGCGACUGCGGCGCGAGAGCUGAGUGCUACAAGGGAUGCUGCAAAAAGUGUUCGCUGGCCAACGGGGCGCACUGCAGCGACGGCCCCUGCUGCAAUACCACGUGCCUGUUCUUCCCACGAGGUUACAGUUGCCGCUAUGCUGUGAAUGACUGCGAUAUCUCAGAGACCUGCUCCGGGGACUCUGGACAGUGCCCUCCCAACCUUCAUAAACAAGACGGGUACCUCUGCCAGGUGAACCAGGGGCGCUGCUACAGUGGGGAGUGUAAGACCCGAGAGAACCAGUGCAGAUACAUCUGGGGGCCAAAGGCUGGAGGCUCAGAGAAGUUCUGCUACGAGAAGUUAAACACCGAGGGCACCGAGAAGGGCAACUGCGGAAGGGACGGCGACAAAUGGAUCCAGUGCGGCAAGCACGAUGUCUUCUGCGGUUAUCUCUUAUGCACCAACAUCGGCCGCAACCCUCGCAUUGGAACAAUGAAAGGAGAGAUCACCCCCACCUCUUUUAACCAUCAAGGCAGGCUGAUAGACUGCAGCGGUGGACACGUUCUUUUGGACGAUGAGACCGAUUUAGGCUACGUGGAUGACGGGAGUCCUUGCGGGCCGUCAAUGAUGUGCCUUGACCACAAGUGUCUGUCCAUCCAGUCGCUCAACAUUAGCACCUGCCCGACUGGACCUAAUGGCCAAGUGUGCUCUGCUCACGGGGUGUGCAACAACGAAGCCACAUGCACCUGUGACACCACGUGGGCGGGGACAGACUGCAGUAUGCCUGACCCUCCGAAAGUCCCCGAGACCACUCCAACUCAAGGGCCCAAGGGUCCUAGCGCCACCAAUCUAAUAAUAGGCUCCAUCGCCGGAGCGAUCCUUGUGGCUGCCAUAGUGCUGGGGGGGACUGGAUGGGGUUUUAAAAAUGUGAAGAAGCGGCGAUACGACCCCAACGCCACAGCCAUUUAACGCUGAAGGGCGGACGCCAAUCGCAGACGGACUCCUCCAAGGCUUCCUUAGUCGGCCAACCAGACAGCUGGACUGCACUUAACUGCUGCUGACUUUUGGCAUUAGAUUUACUUGAAUAUUACAUAAUAUACUUAAAAAUAAAACAGAUGGUGGACAUUGGAACCAAUUCCAUCGUAGUGACAUUAGACGCGCGCAACCUUUUAGCCUUUUCCACACCACUCAUCACACGCAAGCCUGAUCUCGAGAUUGACAGAGCUCCUCGACCGCCCUCCGUUUUCAAGUGCCGGUGCGCAGGUGCUCGGACACCUGGCAUGAGUCUCCGCGCGUCCGGCGCUGCUUGCUGGCCCUCUGGCAUGAAGAGCACCUCUCCACGGGCUCUGCAUGGCUACGUAAGCUGUGAAUAUUCAGCCGAAACACAUCCUUCCAAAGAGAAAGGAAAGCAAAAUGCGGGGAGAGAAAGCGUGACGGCAGACUGCAUGUGAGCUCACCCAGUGAAUGGUGUCAAAAAUUGUACAUAAGUGCAGUAUUUCAGCUUUGGAAUUAUUUUCCCACUGAAUUUUUUUUUUUUUUUUUUUUUUUACAUUAGCAUGUUUUAUAGCAGGCUUUUGAAACACUAAUAGGGAGAACUUGGGGCCAAAAACGUAACCUCCCGAGCCUCGCCGUUUGGCAUCCAAGAAAAGCAUGUCCGAGAUCAAGUGCGGUCCCGUCGCUGUGUUGACGUUGAAGGAAAAGCCAAAGAAGCAAUCACCAUUGAACAUAUGGAUGUUGCACACGGAGCACUUUGCCCUCUGUCGUGUCCAGCCAGGGCUCACCCAUCCACCGCACCCCACCAUAUCUCGCUUAACCUUUUACUCUCAUAGACUCUCAGUAGGAAUCAAGUCGACAGGAAACGCUGCAUGCAAUCACUGUAUAGUGGGCUUAUAAUAAUUCUAUAUGGGAGUUCCCCCCCAGGAUCUCUAAGAAAAUACGCUUCAAAAAGAUAAGGUGCAUGUCAAACAACGAAACAUUUAACUUUUAUUUACUAUGCAAAGGAGAGAGAUUGCACAAAAACGGUGGAGCGACGUGGGAUUUGAAAAACCUUCCGCUAAUCAUCAUUUUCUCGAUUUGGCCGCUCUCUCAUCUUGUUUCAUUUUGCUUCAAAAGAGCAAAAACAGCGGAUUCAUAUUUACUAUGACGAAUAAUCAAACGAGAGCACUCCCGUCUGUGUGUGUGUGUGUGUAUGUGUGUCACAUCUAAUGUUUUGAAUCACAUUCACACAAAAUGGUGCCUGUACAUAUUGAGGCCUCACGCAGGGUUCUUCUUCUUGUCCUCUCCAGACGGUUGCGGGUGUGUUGCCCCCAUGUCUCUCGUCUGCUCGUUCACUGUCCUUUCUCACUGCAUCAUGUACACUUGGACUGGUCAAUAAAGUACUGACUCCUUUUAA